AUGCCCGUUCCACCAUACUCGGAGCUUCCAAGGCCUGGGAACAUCCCUGAGAGGUGGCCUCUGACUGGACCUCUCUCCUCUAUCCCUACCCGCCCUGGUCCUCCUAUUCCCACCAAGACCCCAUUCACCGACAAGAGACCAAACCACAAGGCUAACAGGCUACCACUGAAAGAAGAGCCAACCCCAAAGGAAGACAAGGAGUUGAUGCCUGGUCACAAUGCAGUUCAUGGCCCAGCUCAUGCCUUUCCUUCAGCCACCAGCUUUGAGCGCCCAGGUCGUCUCGGUACCGCUGGUGUCUCCCACAUCACCGGCAUUCCUCUCCGUCCCCCUCCUAUUGCUGGCAAAACUGUUGUUCAGAACCGCCAGCCUGAGGACGAGGUGUAUGAGUACACUGGCCUCCUUGUCUUCCUCAUCGUAAUUCUUCUGGGAGCCGCAUUUGGUGGGUGUCUCCUUCUCAUGAGGCUAGUAGCAAGCGUUUCGAGGCAUCUUGGUCGAAGAUAUGGGUGGAAAUGGGUCAAGAGAGCCGACAGUGCAGACCUCGAGGAUGCGAUCUAUUACUGGAAGGAUCAUCCAGACGUGUUCGAACAGUACCAUCUCGACUUGCUCCGGGAGAUCUUGGCAAGUUACGGAGGUUCUUCCUAUCUUCCAGUAGACGAAAAGGCUGCUGAAAUGGGCCGACUGGAUUCAACCGACUGCGCACCUCUCCCUGGACCUCGGCCUGUCCAUAUGGCUCCUUCACAAUCCGGUCCCUGCUGGCCUGGAAUGCCAGGCUACAGGUAUUCUCCUCAACCUAUGGGAUGCCCAUAG